AUGCCGGUCAAAGAUGGCUUCGUCACAGUUAAUGUCGGUGGUCAAUCAAUGAAAUUACUACUGGAUACUGGUGGCUUCGACUUGACUGUGAUCGAUGGGGGCUGGUAUGAGAACCAGUACGGCAAAGGUGCCUGUGCUAAGUCCGAAUCCGGAUGCUAUUUCUGCCCGGCAGAAGCCCCUUGCGACUUCGACAAUGACCCAUCUACGUUGGUAACGAUUCUCGAGGAUGGUCGAGCUAUAAGGACGAUUACCCGGAGUGCGACGGUCGCAUUGAACGGCAAGGUCAUCCGUGAUUUUCCCUUUAAAGUUUCCGUACCAGAAUCGUGGAAUAAGACCGAACCCUUCCACGGUUUCUUCGGUAUUGCCGAUACGCCUCCCAAAGUUGCCUUUGAGAGUGCACUGAAAUUCUUAGUUCGUCACUACAUCGUAGGACGUCAAUCGUAUACUCUCCGGACCAAUGUGCAACAAUCUACUCAGUUUAUUACCGGUGAGCUUACGCUUGGUGAUAAGGUUGAAAAGAAUAAGGACUCCAAAUACAUGUUUGCUGAAUGGCACACGGAUCCGGAUCACCACUAUGCAUUUCCCACUAUUUCACUGUCAACGACAGUGCUACAGAAUGAACCUCAGAGUGUUGGGAAAAGUAAAGGGCUGAGGCUUGGGCACUCGAAACCCAGAUUGAUGUCAUUGGUAACGGGUGCCAAUGGUAUUUAUUUGCCUUACAAGAGCAUACUCGACAGAAUCGAAACGAAAAUCAGACGGACUAUGAAAAAGAAACUGGGUUAUUCGGAAGACAAAAUUGGAAAAAUGUGCUAUUUAGGAGGGGAUGGAUUCAUUCACGUCAAGAAGGAAGCAUACGAUAGUCUGCCUGUGCUGAAUCUGCAACUUGAGGGAGGGAAAGAGUCAAAACAGAUUAGGAUUCAUCCCAAACAUUAUACCGGUGACACUGGAGGAGAGGAUGUUAUAAUCUACAUCAAUCACUUUGGUAAAGAUCAGAACAUGCUGGGUACGCCUUUCUUCAGAGCGUAUACUGUUCAUGUUGAUUACACUGAUAAUACGAUAGCUUUACUAGAGAAUCCAUGA